ACUUCGUUAUCUCGAAUACCAUCAUCAUCAGAGAUGCUCAUCCGAGCAGUUGCUACUCGACCAGCUCACUGCACCAAAGAUACGUGCCCGGCAUCAUACUCUAUCUACGGCUAUGCGCCAAACCUCGGUGCCAAUGCAUUCUUUGUCACUCUCUUCGCCAUUAGUUGUCUAGUAUUCUGCUAUCAAGCCAAAUUAUACCGCAAUUGGAUCGGCUUCUCCAUUGCUCUCAUUCUAGGCACGGCUCUAGAAAGCAUCGCGAUCGUCCUUCAAGGUGCCGGUGGGGCCAUCUCUGCCGCUGCAGCUAGCGGCACAAACAAACAACUCCUGGAUCUAGGCGUCAAUGUCAUGAUCGCGGGCUUGAGUUCUCAGGUCGUCACUCUAGCAGUAUUUGCUGUGUUGGCGGGCAUCUUCUUCCUGAAAGUUGCUGGAGCAAAGGAGAGAUUGUCUCCUGCUGCUGGACACAUCUGGCAAGCAACAAACUUUCGCUUGACUAUUGGCUCUGCGGUCACGGCAUUUAUUCUCAUCUUUAUCAGAUGCGCGUAUCGAAUUGCUGAGCUCAAGGAUGGUUGGGGUUCUCCUAUCAUGAGAAGAGAGGGAGAAUUCAUUGUCUUGGAUUCUGUGUAA